AUGAAUUUUUCCCCUUCAAGGCAAAGUUCAGAAAAGCAAGUAUCAUAUACCGGUAAAUCAAAAUCUCCUAACAUAGGAAUGUGUACGAUCAACUAUAAGUCGAACCUUCCCCUGCAGGUGCCCACAGUCGAUCAGCUGAACUCUGGUAGGAAUACCCGAUCAUAUGGUCAUGGUGGCUACAAUAACGAACGGGAUUGUUAUGAUAAUACGAAAAUAAAUCUACCACCAAUUUCAUCCCUUUUACCUAAUUUUGAAAAUGGUACACCAUCUAGUGUCGAUUCAAGGAUUCAGUUCCCUCCGCAGCAAGUUUACCAAAGUAUGAAUGUAGUACCCAUUGUUAAUGAGGUUUACACGCCAAUAUCUAUGAAUACAACCCCCGAUCAAUAUCCUAUUUAUUACACAGAAAGCCAGCAACCAAUUCCGCAUAACCAACCUGCUCAUUUGACGCCCUCUGCUUCCUUGAUGAUGCCAGUCAUGGUACCAACUAUAUACAAACCAUUGGCACCAUACGAGAAGGAACCAAUAACGGUUGCACCUGAACCGAACUUCGCUACAAUACCAAUGACGGGUCAUCCAAACAAUUCCAUAGAACUAUGCCACAAUAGGCCAAAGUCAGUCCCCCCCAAGUAUAGCGUAGUUUCAAACAUACAAGAGAGCAAUACCGGUAGAACAAAAAGUGAACCUGGCGCCACAUUGAACACUUCAGCAACAUUUUCGGAUUGGAAGAAUGACAGCCGAAUAUCCUUCACGAAGCUGAGAAAGCAAUGUCCAGUAUGUGGAAAAAUUUGUUCGAGGCCGUCUACACUUAAGACACAUUAUUUAAUUCAUACAGGAGACACUCCUUUUAAGUGUACUUGGGAGGGUUGCUCAAAAUCCUUCAAUGUGAAAAGCAAUAUGCUGAGACAUUUGAAAAGCCACGAAAGGAAAAGAAACAAGGUCUUGAACACAACAUAG